UCUAUGGCUGCGGACGACGCGGAGAUAGCCCACCGUCGUUUAAACAAACUGCGCUGCAAACAGAAGACAGCUCGAUGUAUCACAAAGAGAAGAGCAUCCAGAUCAAAAACAGCGCCUCGGCGCUGUACAACAACCUCGGCGUGCUACGCAUCGCCCCCCGGCGCCUCACCUACUUCACAGUGGUCCAUGCUAACGUGGUCAACAUGGUCAGCGCGUCCUGGGACGGUCUCAACUAUUCCCACCGUCAGCUGCAGUCCAAGGAGCCCAAUGUCGUCACAAGCACAUCGUUAAUCAUGCAGGCUGCAUUUUGUCCUCUGCCUUCUCGUGAUCUGCUGGUGGUGACCUCACAGAAAGGCAUCCAGAUGUAUGAAUCUGAUGGCUCCAUCAUGGUGUACUGGCAUGCACUGGAUACUCCGGAAACAGCCACAGCUCAGGCCGUGUUUGCUCGUGGGAUAUCGGCAGUGAUGGAGAGUUAUAUAUGUGUGGGCGUUUCAUCUGGUGCAAUUCUAGUGUUUGAUGUUCCCAGUAAAGGCAGUAAUAUUACCCUGUCUGAGGUCCUGGAGGAACACAAGGAGUCCAUCACUGACAUUGCUUCAGAGUGCUCUGGCAGCCAGGAGUGCAUAGCUGAUCUGGUCAGUGCAGAUGAUGGGGGCAAUCUGUGUGUGUGGAAGUCAGGGGAGGAAUUUCAGCUACUCAACAACAUCCCUGGCUUUGAUAUGAGCUGCUCAUCUGUCAAGCUGUGGAAAGGUACAGUGGUGGCAGGUUACGGCACAGGCCAGAUUCGUCUUUAUGAGGCAGUGACGGGAAUCCUGCAUGCUGAGGUUAACGCCCAUGCUCGCUGGAUAUACUCACUAGACAUUGCUCCUUUUUCUGGGCUGCUUUUGUCUGCUGCUGAGGACUCUCUAGUCAGGGUGUGGCACCUGACGCUGACCCCAGAGACCAACACUGUUGAGGUUGCCCAUUUGCACAAUGAGUGUGUGACAGAUACACAGAUCUGUGGCGCCAAGUUCUGUGACGGUGAUGGUUAUGCCUUUGCAGUGACAGGCUAUGAUCUGAGUGAGAUUAUCCGUUACACCCAAACGUAGGACUUCGCUCUAAUUGAAGCUAAGGAUAUGAAUAUGAACUUGGCAAAUUUGAUUGUGGAAGGAUAACAAGAGGGAACACAGAAAAGAGAUUAUUUAAUAUAAUCUUGUGUCAUGGCAUUUCUGUCUCUAUGUCUACAAGGGUAAAAGGAGAUUAGCAUAUUACAAGAUAAUGCAAAAGUAAUGUGUUAAAGUUUCUGUAAAUAUUUCAAGUACAACCCUUUACAUGUAUGUGAAUGUAGCUUUAAAAAGUAAUAAAAUAGUCUAUUAUUGUUACAAAGAUAAUUAUUGUUUGAAGCAACUGUACCAGUAAACAUUUUUGUAGAGAAA